GGAAGAGGCGGAGUGCAAACUCAGCGACGACUUCAGGUGCAAUCUGUUGGGUUACCACCAACCACUGGAUCACUUCCAGGAUCGCAAAACUAUCAGGACGGGAAAUACUUAAGUAGGAAUGCGACUUCAGAGAAGACUAGGCACUGCUUCUUGCUAAAGCUCUCACACUAGGCUGGAUCCAGAGCUACGAGUCACAUUCAAAGGAAAACCUGUGAGAAACGAGCUCGAAACCGCGAACUGUGUGAAAGCAGUGCAGUUAAACCUGUGACAAGUUGCGGCUAGAAGCUAACAGCCUGCUCUGUAAGGCUUUGGAAAGAAGAUUCCUCGAAGAAACUCGGACUUCCUGUUUACCUGCCUAUUGCCUGCUGUGCUGAACAGCCAUGGAAUUAUGAUGGAUCAAGACACUCAGUUGCUGUACCAGCUUUUGGCAGAAGUGCAGCUGGAGCGAUUUUUCCUGAAGAUCCGUGAUGAACUGAAUGUGACACGUAUUGAACACCUGGAUUAUGUCAAGGACACAGAUUUGGAACAGAUAGGCAUCAGGAAACCAGGGCAAAGACGAUUAUGGGAAGCAGUCAAGCGUUACAAAACAAAUAUGCGGCCACGGUCAUGGAUGGCCAAGGUCUUUCGUGGACCAGAAGGAGGUGACCAGUCGAGUGGUGGUGUGCCUGGGCCAGGGCCAGACGUAGUACGAGCUCUUACCUGCCUUAUCAAGGACAGUGAGCUGAUGUUUGGGGACAAGCUGGGCUCAGGCUCCUUUGGGGUGGUGAGGAAGGCAGAGUGGCAUAUGCCUACUGGACAAGUGUUGCCUGUAGCAGUGAAGACUCUCAGGUCCAGUAUGUCCAGGGAGGCAGAUCUAAUAACAGACUUUCUGCAGGAGGUCACUACCAUGCAGUCCCUGGACCAUCCUAAUAUUAUCCGUCUCUAUGGUGUGGUCCUCACCCAGCCUCUAAAGAUGGUGACAGAGCUGGCUACUUUUGGUUCUUUGUAUGACAUAGUCCGUAUGCGGCGGGGGAUUUACCCACUGGCUCGUCUCUGGCUCUUCAGCACCCAAAUUGCUGCAGGAAUGGAGUAUUUGGAGUCACGUCAUUUCAUUCACAGAGAUCUGGCAGCCCGGAAUGUGCUUCUGGCCUCCAAAGACCUGGUGAAGAUAGCAGACUUUGGCCUUAUGAGGGGCCUGGGUCACGACAAAGACCACUACAUCAUGGGAGCCCACAGACGCAUCCCUUUUGCUUGGUGUGCUCCUGAGAGUUUGCGUGUGGGCUUUUUCUCACAUGCCUCAGAUGUCUGGAUGUAUGGGGUUACACUGUGGGAGAUGUUCACCUACUGUGAGGAGCCCUGGCUUGGGUUGUCUGCAAGACAGAUCCUGUUUCGUGUGGAGCGGGAGGGAGAGCGCUUGCCAAGGCCUUCUGACUGUCCUCAGGAGCUCUACAGUGUGAUGCGGAAAUGCUGGGCCUGCAAUCCAACAGAUCGGCCCACAUUUGCCCAGCUCACCACUUUGGUGGCUGAGGCUCAGCCUAUGGAAGUGCGUGCAUUACGGGAUUUUGCAGAGGCCAGAAAGCUCACUCUACAGGUCAAUGAUACAGUGACUGUCAUAGACCAUGGGCUGGAUUUGUGUGAGUGGAAGGGUCAAAACCAGAGGACACUAUGUAUUGGUUGGUUUCCUCCAACACUGACCACUUCCUUCGUUCCUUCAACGGGACCACUCAGUCCUAAUUCUGGAGCUGGUUUCAUUUCUUCACCACUCAGAGGAAGCUUACAGCACACUGGACAUGGCGACAUCAAUCCAGAACGCACCUGGGGAGCCCCAGAACGACUUGACGACCCUGGAAACUGGAGAACUCCUUUGGUGAGGGAGAAGCAAGAAUCCAAUCUAAAGAAAAUGGCAGGAAUGUCCCGCAGUCUAGAAUCUGUCCUGGGCUUCAAUCAAAACAAGGGUCAAGGUGGUAAUGGUAACUUUGUUCAGCGAGUUAACGAACAAAAACACAUCUCAGGUGCCCUCGUCCAGGACUCUCGCAGGUUCAGUGAUGCGAGUGGCAUCAUCCCUCCUCCACGGCCACCACAACCCAACUUCAAACGCUUAAAGCAUCAGAACAUGAUUUUUGAUCGGCGAGUUGCAGGAAAUCCAGUCCCUUCUUGGUUUCUUCCUCCUUCACAUCCAAAUGUGCAGUUCCAGCCACAGCAGCAGACUAGAGGUGUUACCAACCUAACCAAGAUGGCCCAUCUGGCCAAAUCAAGCCCCCAGCUAGAUAGCGACAUGGAUAUGGAGAAAGAGAGAGAGAGAGAAAGGGAGCGAGAGAAAGAAAGAGAGAAGGUACGGGAAAGGUACCCACCACAACAGAUCCAGGUAGAUAAGGAGACCCUCAAAGCACAGGUUCAGGCAGCGGUUCAUGGAGUAACUAUUGAAGAAGUUCAGAAAGCCCUACAACGCAAUGACUGGAAUCCAGUGAGGGCAGAGCAACAGCUGAAGGUGGAGCAGCUUUACUACAUGAACCAAUGCUCUCGAGAGGACUGCCAUAAGAUACUAGCUCGCUACAACUGGGACCUACAACAGGCCAGCCGUUUCGUUAUCCGCAUGGCUACUGAGAGACGCAGUGAGAGACCUUAGAAACAAGAUGAUAUAUUUCAGUCAGACAUCUCAAUAAAGAGAUAUUCUGUGAGCUACACUUCAGGAUUUAAGGGCCCUGUGCCAAACAGCAAAAAGGGAGCAUCACUGAACUGCCUUACUGACCACUGCUGUGCCACUGUGGUGCUUGUCUCUCUUUGUGGUUGGAUCAUUCCCAACUAUUGGGGGCUCAUAGUCUAACACUACAUUCAGACAUAGCUUCAGAUCUAGUAACACAUUUCGGUAAUCUGUGUUAGUCCCAUUUUUGGGGGAAACAAAAUGCAAAAUGCAGGAGCAGUAUUUCUGAUUCAUCACAUUUGAGGAAUAAGAUAAGGUUCUUUGCUACACACCUUGCUAUAUGAGCAAACAGACAAUACCUAGUCCUGCCCUUUUACCUGUUUUAAAGUGGUUGAUUCAGUCACAAAUUUUGUGGAAGAUAUGUCCUCUGAGCUAGAAGCUGUCCCUACAUGAAUUAAAAGCUGCUUGCCUUUCAAACGUCAUACUUCCAAGUGUGUAGCAACUCAGCAUUGCCCCCUGCCUGCUGAAUGAACAAGUCAGACACCUUCAUUAAACUUUUCUACCUAUGGUGAAUCACUCAACCUCAGCACUCAUGCUACAAAUGAAGGAUUUGUUUAAAAUGUUUUACUUCAGUAUAAUUCAAGUAAAUAAUAAAUGGAGUGGAGAGAGUGGAACAGAAACUCUGGACUGGAUAUAAAUUUCUAUAUAGAAAAUCUAGUUCAUUUAACUGCUUUUGUUGAAUAUGUAAUAGGUGGAUAGAAAAAGAUUGAUUAAUGUGUAUAUCUGAAUCUGUGUUAAAUUAAAACUGACACUUAUAUGAAUGAACUACAUGAACCUUUCGAUGCCAAAAGUAGACAGAACUGUAGCAGGGUGUCAUUUCAAUUCUGGCUCCUUAUAUCAUUUGCUACUCGUCUUGGUUGCAAAGUGUUGCAAACAAACUGGAAUCAGCACAAAAAUACAGGAGUAUGAUCCAGUGACUUUCGUAUUGCACAUAUAUUAAAAUACUUCAUCAGAUAACCAAAAAAAUGAAAAAUGAAAAAACAAGAGAGAAUACAGAUAGUUCAAUCGCUAAACAGAAUAUUCUGACGGAAGCAACAUCAGUUAAGAGAUACUGUAGUCCAAAGAAAGACGUAACAGGCACCAAUAAAGGCCACUGAUUAGCUUUUAGGUCAUUCCACAGGGCUGGGCAACAGAACAAUAUGCUAUUGGUAUCAUGACAAAUACACUUGGUAUAAUGAUAAAUAAACCUUUGAGUACUUUUAUAAAAGUAGCUGUUACUUAAAGUAGCAAGUAGAUGAUUGGAUGUUGAAGUACAUUUUUUGUACCAAAUUGCGCUGCUUUUACAUGUUUACAUGUAGAAAAUUCUGUAUUCUGUAGAUGUUAAAUAAAAUUAUUCACAUGUUAUUUGA